AUGUCAGAAGAAUUAAAUUCAAGUUUAGACUCUUUAGAAUUAGAAAUUUAUCAUAAGCCCAAUCCAAAAAUUCAAGGCAUUCUAGAUUAUCUGAGGAAAAUCGAAUUAAAAUUCUGCACUGAUCCUAGAAAGAAAUAGGAUGAGUACAGAUCAACUAACUUCACAACUCCUAAAGAAGAUUUUAACUUAAAAAGAAAUAAAUUCUUUACAAGAAAACAACCUAGUAAAAUUAUAGACUGUCCUAUUCUUUAAACAUCGUAGCUUUGA